UCAGCUCAACUCAGUUUGCGAGCAUCCGUUGACCGAACCGGUUCUAGACAAUCCAAUCCGUCCGUCCGUCCGCGAUCGUCCAUCCUCAACUCCAAGGAAGCGAAGAAGAAAAAAAAGAGCAGUCGGAGGGGUAACCCCACGCGGUGACAGCUGCCGAGCCUGGCCGUAAUUGUGAAGUGUGAUGAGUGCGACACCUAGCUGACAAAAGUGUCCACACUCACACAAGCAGAAGAGGAGCAAGAAGAAGAUAAAACAAAAGUUUCGUGCAAAAUAAGGUGAAGAUCUAGAGCGUGACGCACGGGGCGCGCAGUUCUGGGAAGUGCGCGCAUUGUUAUGAGCUUUGAGUGACAACACCCGUACAAGAAGAUGCCGCUGUACUCCGAGUUGUACCACAACUACCUCGGCAAUACGCCGAUCGUGCCGACCCCGAUCGCCAGCACGUACAUCCCGCCGAGUUACGUGGGGGUGUCGCGGGGCUACCAGAGUCCGAUCACCGCGACCCGGACGCCGUCCUUUUCGCGCGGGUACAUUCCGAAGCUCACCCCCAUCACGGAAUCACCCCUCAUCGGGUCGCGCAUCAGCGCCCUCACGCGGGUCAACUCACCAAAGUUCAUCCCGAUACACACCUCACCGACCUACCAGAAGCCACGCCGGAUCAUCAACACCGCGGACAUUGACGUGUCCGCCAGUCGAUACACCCCGGCACGGGACCGCUACAGCUCCCCCUCGUCCUCGUCCGUAUCGCCCGAUCCCAACAAUAACACUCUGUCCUCCCUUCCGAUCAGUGUCCGCGAGCAGGAACUCAUCGAGCGGAACGAGCAACGUAAGGCCCGCUCCGCCAUCAACCGGAACCGAACCGUAGUCCGGCUCAACACCAUCCGUGCCCGUAGCAAAUCCCGCGGUAGCCGAGGAUCUCGCGGAAGUCGCGGAAGCACCGAGCGCAAGUCCCCUCGCCGAACUACCCCGGAAAACUCCUUCGAAGAAGACAUGCUCUUCCGGGAACCUCAACCCAAGACAACCUCCUGGCGGGACCAGUUCCGCGAAGAACUCUCCCUCAACCCGAAAAAAGCCGAACCCAUCAAAAGCCCCGGCGAACUCCUGCUGGAGAAACAUCUCAUCCGGGACGACGAAGGCACGCUCCCGCUCGAAGAAAUCGUCUACAAAUCCCCCGUCCUCAAACGGCGCGGCACCGUAAGUCGACGCAAGAGCAAGAGCCAGGUGCCCAGCUUCCACGAAAUCUGCGCCGACAUCAACUCCGACAAGCUGGACGACGGCCUCAACGCCGGCGAACUCCGCCGGCGCGCCUCCCAGAUCAUCGAGGACGAAAUCGCCCAGUUCCAAGCGGAACUCCACAAAGCCAACGGCAUCAUGGACGGAAACCUCGAGGAGCGCCUCAAGGAAGCGCUCGAACAGCAAAUCAUCGAGUCCGGCGCCGACUUCCCGGACAAGAAGAAACAGAAGAAAAUCAAACGAACCCGCACCAAACCCCUCCCCAAAAUCGACACCGACAACAACGUCAUCUACGACCAACCCACGCUCAAAAUCACCGCCGACAGCCCCACAAUCGAGUCCACCCUCCUCACCCCGAAACUACUCGCCGAGGUCGAACUCAUCGAGGAGUCCACCGUCUUCAAGCUACCCAAGAAGAAAAAGAAAGCCGUCGCGGAGGCGACUCCCGAACAAAAGACACCACCCCCGGUGGAAACGGUUCCAGAACCGAAGCCGAAGCAGCUGGAACCGGGCGAGCUGGCCGAGCGCAAAAAGACACAGGACUUGCUGAAGCGCAUCGAGAAGCUGUCGAAGCUGAGCGAGCGCAAGCUUCCCCCGGAAAGCAUCGAACAGAAGACUGAGGAAGCAAAGUCGAGCGUGUCAACGGAAAAGACUGAAAGCAGGGCUGCGGAGCAGGUCAAGCCAGCGAUUGGGAAGAAAGUUAGUCCAUCGGAAAAGAAAGUGGAUCAGGAAGCGAGUACUGUAAAGAAGCAAAGUCAAGAAGCGUCAGCGGUGAAGAAGACGGAAGCAGCUGCGAAGGUUGUUAAAGAACCAACAGACAAGAAGGUGGAACCAACCAAAAAAGUCUCAAAGGAACUGUCAGCAAUGGAUCAGAUAGAAGCGGCUCUGAAGCAGCAACCUAAGACGCAAAGUCUAGAAUCAACAACAGACAAGAAGGUGGAACAACCCGCGAAAGUCACGAAAGAACUGUCAGCUAUGGAUCAGAUAGAAGUAGCUCUGAAGCAGAAAGCUGCAGAGCAACCUAAGAAGCAAAUUCAAGAAUCAACAACAGACAAGAAGGUGGAACAACUCACGAAAGUCACAAAGGAACUGUCAGCUAUGGAUCAGAUAGAAGCUGCUCUUAAACUGAAAGCGGUUGAUCAACCUAAGAAGCAAAGUCAAGAAUCAACGACAGACAAGAAGGUGGAACCAUCCACGAAAGUCACGCAAGAAAUGUCAGCUAUGGAUCAGAUAGAAGCCGCUCUGAAACUAAAAGCGGCUGAUCAACCAACUAAGCAAAACCAAGAAAAGAAGGUGGAACCACCUGUCAAACAAAUGACAGCUAUGGAUCAGAUAGAAGCGGCUCUCAAGCUAAAAGCAGUCGAUCAACCAAAGAAGCAGAGUCAAGAACCAACUGCAGAAAAGAAGGUGGAACCAUCCACGAAAGUCACAAAGGAACUGUCAGCUAUGGAUCAGAUAGAAGCCGCUCUCAAACUGAAAGCUGGCCAAGAAAAGAAGAUAGAACAACCAGCGAAGGUUGUCAAAGAACUGUCAGCUAUGGAACAGAUAGAAGCCGCUCUCAAACUGAAAGCGACUGAUCAACCUAAGAAGCAAAACCAAGAAACUUUGGCAGACAAGAAGGUAGAACAACCGACGAAAGUCACCAAAGAACUGUCAGCUAUGGAUCAGAUAGAAGCUGCUUUGAAACUAAAAGCUGCUGAUCAAGCAGCAGAAAAGAAACCCGUCAAACAAAUGACAGCUAUGGAGCAGAUAGAAGCUGCUCUGAAACUAAAAUCGGAUGAUCAACCGAAGAAGCAAAACCAAGAAACAACAACAGAAAAGAAUGCUGUCAAAGAACUGUCGGCUAUGGAUCAGAUAGAAGCAGCUCUCAAGCUGAAGAAAAGCCAAGGAACUUCGGCAGACAAGAAGGUGGAAGAAUCUACGAAACCAGUCAAACAAAUGACAGCUAUGGAGCAGAUCGAAGCAGCUCUCAAAAUUAAGACAAGUCCUGAAGUUCCUCAAGUCCCUAAACCUGAAUCCCCCAAGCUUAAUCAACAAAAACUACCUUCAAAACCAUCCGACAUCGCCAUACCCAAAACCCCACUGGAACCCCCCAAACCAGACUCCCCAAAGACCAAACUCGCGCUCACUACAAUGCUCACCGCGGAACCCGCAAAGUCCGAGGAAACCCCCAAGCCUAAACCAAUCCUUAAACCUGCAGUGCGCAAGAAAACCUCCACCGACCUUAGACUGCCGGCCGUCGAACCCGAGGAGGACUUCUGGAGCGCCAUCAACACCCGCGAGACGGUGUCGUUCGCGCGGCGCAAGCAGGACAUUGCCCGCCGCAACCAGCUCGUGCUGCUCCAGUUCAACGAGGAGGGCGAAGCUGAAGAGGAGGACGCACCGAAGAAUAGCUGCAUCGUUACGAAGAAGAUGCAGUCGCCACCGGAUAAAGCUGGAGCGGCGGCGAUGCCACAGUGGCCUAAACCGGACGAGGAGUUGAAGGUGGUCGAAGCGGUGACGGAGCCAACGCCGAAGAAGGCGUUUGAGGUGACGCCGGUGAAGGAGGUACCUCAAGCUUCAGAAGUUGGUAGCAAGAAAGACGCUGAAUCACCUCAAGGUCAAAGAAAGGUCGUUCCAGAACCUAGCAAAACAAAGCCAACACCGGAGGUGGCGGAGAAAGCGGAAGACAAACCUCAUCUUCCGAUUGCUGAUGAAAGGAAAGAAGUUAAGAAGGUAGAAUCACCUCAAGGUCAAAGAAAGAUCGUUCCAGAACCUAGCAAAGCAAAACCAACACCGGAAGUGUUGAAGAAGGUUGAAGACAAACCUCAACUUCCAGUAGCUGAUGAAAAGAAGGAGGUUAAGAAGGUAGAAUCACCUCAAGGUCAAAGAAAGGUCGUUCCAGAACCGAAAACGAGUGUCGUUCCAGAAGAACCGAAGCCGAAAAGUCUGACAAAAACUGAUGAAAACGUCAAGCAAGAAGAGAAGAAAGCUGACGUCAGCAAGAAACCGGAAGACGCACCCAAGGAGCUACCAAAGGUCGGUGUGAUCAAAAAGGCACUUCAAAGUGCAGUUCAGGAAGUUUUGAAACCGGAAGUGAAGGAACCGGCGAAGAAACCAGCAACAUUGCUGAAACCAGCCGAAGAACCGAAAAAGCUAAUCAAUCAGAAGCUAUCUCCGAAGGAGAUCAUCAAAGCAGUGGCACCCAACAUGGCCGCCGAAGCCGAGCGCAAGCUCGCCCUCGCCGCUCCAGCGGCAACCGCUGUAAAGAAACCGGCUGUCAAAAAGCAGGAAGAAAAAGCGUCAACCGAGCCGCAGGCGGCCGUUGAACCUGCAACGACGACGAAGACGACCGAAGUCGAUUCGCCACCGAAGAAGACGAAGAUCGUGGUGGUGAAAAAGGUGAUCAAGGUCGUGCGGCCCAAGUCGGAGGGGGCAGAAACCGCCGCCAAGGUCACCGCCGAAGCGGAACAGCGCCGGAAAGCGCAGGAAAACGUCGAAAAAAUGAAAGCAAAGGUGAACCAGAUCACGCUGAACAUGGGCGUGAAGCUCGAGGUGGAAGUGAAGGAGUGCGCAAAGUGCCAACAGGCGACGCUGACGGAGGCGGCGAAGAAGACGCUUCCGGUCAACAACAACAACAAGCAGCCGAAUGGGAAGAAGCCGAUUGAUAGCGGCGCGACUGAUGCAGCGGGGUUGAAAUUGACGAAGAAUAAAUUUGGCGCCGUGUCGGAUCUAUCGGCUGUGAGUGCAGGUACGCGAUCAGUUGCUGAGCAAGUGUCGACGGGCGCGGUUGUGGUAAACAAAUCGGGAAAUCCGCAAGCGAAGAAGUACUCUUCCAGCAGUAGCAGUGAGGGUAGUGAGGAGGAAAGUGAGUCGGAGACUUCGUUUUCCGGCAUCGAGGACGACUGGUCAUCGGAGGAGGAGGAAGAUAUGGCGAACGACAAGCCGGAGCAGAAGAAGAAGUUUGACCCGCAGAAGCGGGUCAAGCUGAACUUUGACCAGAUGCGCAAAUGCUACGCCAAGGAGGAGAAGUCGCCGAUCGUGUUGGUGGCCCGGCCGAGGCCGCUCUGGAAGGUGAAGCGGCACGGCCACGGCCACAACCGGAAGGCGGACCUCACCAGCAGUAGCAGCAGUGCCAGCGAGGACGAGUCCGGAACGGGGUCGACCACGGACCGGACCUCGUCCGGCACGGCAUCUACGGCGGGUGGCUCGUCGGACAUCAACACCGACAGCAGUGUGAACAGUAGCCGCGGGGCCGGCAAGAAGAAAGUGGUGGUGGCCCCCAAGGGCAAGAAGAGUGAUGAUAUUUACGACAAUCCGAUGGUGAUUCCGCUGCACUCGGAACCGCCGAGCAGCAAGUGCUCGACCAAGGAUGAGAACAACAACGACAGCGCUGCGGCUGGAACAACUACGGCAUCAGCCGGAACAGAGGAAGACGACGAGAACAACAAGAACCUGGUCAACCAUGAGGUGCGCAGCACCAGCACCAGCAGCCACGAUUCCGGCUUCUACGGCGGUGGCACGGCCCCAAUCAGCCCCAAGAAAGCCAUGGAAACAUCCUACACGUACGCACAAUUUCAGAAAACGGGUAAACUCACAGCUCCGGCUACGGUAAUACCCCGUUUCAGGAAAUACAACGUUGAUGAUUUCCAUUUUUUGACUGUGUUAGGGAAAGGUAGUUUUGGAAAGGUAUUUUUAGCAGAGCUAAGGAACACAGAGUACUAUUACGCGGUGAAGUGCCUGAAGAAGGACGUCGUGCUGGAGGACGACGACGUGGACUGCACGCUGAUCGAGCGCAAGGUGCUGGCACUGGGCACGAAGCAUCCCUUCCUGUGCCACCUGUUUUGUACGUUUCAAACAGAUAGCCAUUUAUUUUUCGUCAUGGAGUACCUGAACGGGGGUGACCUAAUGUUCCACAUACAGGCGAGCGGCCGCUUCACGGAGGACCGAGCGCGGUUCUACGCGGCCGAGAUCGUGUCCGGGCUCAAGUUCCUGCACCGAAAGGGCAUCGUGUACCGAGACCUAAAGUUGGACAACGUGCUGCUGGACUACGACGGCCACGUCAGGAUAGCGGACUUUGGCAUGUGCAAGCUGGAGAUCUACCUGGACCGGUUGGCGGACAGCUUCUGUGGCACACCGGAUUACAUGGCGCCUGAAAUCAUUAAAGGUCAAAAGUACAACCAAGCCGUGGACUGGUGGUCGUUCGGUGUGCUGGUGUACGAGAUGCUCGUCGGCCAGUCACCCUUCAGUGGUUGUGACGAGGACGAGCUGUUCUGGUCCAUCUGCAACGAGAUCCCGUGGUUCCCGCACUUUUUGUCCAAGGAGUCGCUGAAGCUGCUGCAAUCGCUCCUCGAAAAGGACGCCGGCAUCCGGUUGGGUUGUCUCAACACCGGCGAGGAGGAGAACGACAUCAAGUACCAUCCCUUCUUCGACCGGAUCGACUGGAAGGCGCUGGAGAGACGGCAGCUGGAGCCACCGUUCAAGCCGCAAGUGCGACAUCCACUGGACACGCAGUAUUUCGACAAGCAGUUCACCCGCGAGCGGGCGCGCCUGACGCCGAUCGAACGCAACAUCCUGGCCUCGAUGAACCAGGCCCAGUUCGAGGGCUUCACCUACACCAAUCCAAACAAUACGCUAACGGAAAGAUUUCCGGAACACAAGUACCGACCGGUCACAAACCCUUGUUUGAACAAUUACAGAAGAAGAUUCUUCUACUAGCAAAAAAAAACAAAAGUCGAAGACAACAACAAAACUAACAAACUAAAUGUGAGAAAUGAAAAACCCUGCACAAAACUGGCAACACUGACACCGCCCCAACUCUACCCCCCUUUGCAGGUACUUUCGACCGGAAAUACAAGACCACCCCCUAACCGCCCGCUUGCAACGACAGCGCAAUGAGCUGGUGAUCCUAAAAUGAAUCGAAAAUCUUUUUGCAAAAGGAACGCACAUUUUGAAAGGACACGCUUGAGCGCAGCUUUUGGCUUUUGUCCAUCCCCGCCCCGCCCUCUCCGUUAGUAAUUCUCAAAACAAUCAACAAAUGUGUAACGAAAUUGAACCCCCCUACUUUUUAAGCAGAUGUUAGACAUUGAUUCGCUAACGUCAGAAGUACACGAUCAUUCAAAAUAAGUCCAAAUGUGGGUUAUUUUGAAGGAGAGUGUAGCGAACAAAUUUCGUCCAAGCGAUUGAUUCGUAAAAUUUUGUAUGUUGUAAUUCCCAAAAAUUUGUAUUGGCCGCUGGCAGGAUAUAGUAUACUAUACUAAAAAAUAUUAGUGAAACCGUGUAAGCACA